CACAAGCAAGCAAUUGUCGCAUAUGUAUAUAUGUUAAUUUCUCAGCUUCAAUUGUCAUAUGUAUAUAGAGAUCAAAAUUUGUCAAUAAAUAUAUAUAUCAUUGUUUGUUUCCUCAUCUGAUCAAGGAUGAACGUGGAGUCUGUUCUUCGCAUGAACCCUGGGCACGAACCCUACAGCUAUGCCCGUAACUCUACACAUCAGAGGAACGUGUUGUUCAAAACGAUGCCAAUCGUGAAGGAAAGAGUGAGCGCCUUAUACAGAAAAGCCAUAUUCCCGAAGUACUUUGCACUGGCGGACUUGGGCUGCGCUUCGGGACCGAACUCUCUACUUGCCAUCUCCUGGAUCAUUGAAGCCAUAUCGGGAUUGUGCAGCCAAACGGGGCGUUCGCUGCCCGAGGUUCUUGUGUUCCUGAACGACCUUCCAGGGAACGACUUCAAAACUGUCCUCUCAUCUCUUCCCAGUUUCUAUGAGAAUCUGAAGGAGAAGAACAGAGUUGAAAUUAACUGCUACGUAUCUGCGAUGCUG